GUCCGCCGCAACCCCCACCGCCGCCGGUCGCUGGCCGUGAGCCGACCCUCCCGCCGCCGUCGCUUCAUGCUCCUCCUCCGCCGCGCGCGCGCACCUCCCCGCCUCCCGCCCCGCCGGAGCCUCUCCCGCCUCCUCGACCGCUACGGCUUCGUUCCCCCGGCCUCCCUGACCCCGUCCCCGCGCGAGCCGCCCCGCGCCGCCGCCAACUCCGCCGCCGCGAAGAAGCGCCGCGCCAAGAAGCCCCCCUACCGCCCGCCGUCCUCGCUGGACCGCGGCGGCCGCCCGCCCGCGCGCUCGGACCUCCCCUUCGACUUCCGCUUCAGCUACACCGAGAGCUCCCCGGCCUCCAAGCCCAUCGGGCUCCGCGAGCCCAAGUACUCCCCCUUCGGGCCCGGGCGGCUCGACCGGCCCUGGACGGGCCUGUGCGCGCCCGCCGUCGACGCCACGCUCCGCGACGUCGCGGCCGACGACCCCCUCCCCGAGGCCGAGAGGGGCCUGGAGGAGGCGCGCCGGCGGGAGCGGGAGCGCGUGCUGGGAGAGCCGCUCACCCCCGCGGAGCGCGCGUUCUUGGUCGACAAGUGCCAGAAGAACCGCACCAAGCGCCAGAUCAACCUUGGGAGAGAUGGGCUUACUCACAACAUGCUAAAUGACAUUCACAACAACUGGAAGAGCUGCGAGGCGGUCAGGGUGAAAUGCCUUGGUGUGCCAACGGUUGAUAUGCAAAAUGUAUCCCAUCAGCUUGAGGAUAAAACAGGUGGUCUGAUCAUCCACAGGCAUGGUGGACAGUUGAUACUGUACAGGGGUAGGCACUAUAAUCCAAAGAAAAGACCCGUUAUUCCAUUGAUGCUAUGGAAACCUGCUGAACCUAUCUACCCAAGGCUAAUCAAAACAACAAUAGACGGGCUAACAGUUGAGGAAACAAAGCAAAUGAGGAAGAAAGGCCUACAUGUUCCUGUUUUGACGAAGCUUGCCAAGAAUGGAUAUUAUGCUACUCUUGUGCCAAUGGUCCGGGAUGCCUUUUUGACCGAUGAACUGGUCCGAAUAGAUUGUAAAGGAUUGCCAAAAAGUGAUUAUAAGAAGAUUGGAGUCAAGCUUAGGGAUCUUGUUCCCUGCAUUCUUGUCUCUUUUGACAAGGAGCAAAUAAUUGUUUGGAGGGGAAAGGAAGAUGGAAGCCUACAAGAUCAAACACAGAAGUCAUGUCCUUCAGUUAUUGACUCAGAUGAUGCAUCAGUGAAGAAUGAGACUCGUGACCAGGAACAAACACCAAGUGAUUGGUCUUCUGAUGAGUCUUCUGGGGUCAGUAGCUCUGAUGAAAUCCCAGAUGACAAACCGGUCAUUUCUAACCCAGACCCUUCUAGGGUGAUUUGACAUAUCCAGAGAUCAGAAUACAUAUUUCAUACAGUUGCAAACUGUGACUAGACAUUUCCAAUGGAGAGUUGCAUGUCAUCUAAAUAUAAAAGUUCGUGUAUUCUCCAUCCAUGAUGGUUGUAUUCUUUCGCCCACAUCCAUGGCGAUUUCUAAGCCUUUUGUAUUCAUCUGCCACUAUUUUGGGCAAUGUAUUUCUUUUCCUGUCCAUAGAUUGACAAAAGUCGUGUUGGAUAGAUGGAGCGGAAGCCUGACCUGACAUAAUUGUAACUUUAGGCUCAAGACAUAUUUUAGAAACCUCAUUUGAUGUUACAAAAGCACAUCAUGUAAAGCUUAACAACAGCGAAUCAUGUAAAGCUUAACAACAGUGAUUUAACCAUGCUAUCCAGUCACUUCUAGUUCCAGCCCUGAA